CAUGUAUACUACUUAAUUUGGCAUGCUUCGGUUCAAGAACUAUUUGGUUACCACAAAAUUACGAUACAGGUGUAUUACUACAUCGCUGUGACAUGCUUUUCAAUGUUUUAACAUCACACUGAACUUUGCCAUUUUUGGUUUGCGACUUUGGCCGGGUGAAUGUUAUGGUUACAAGUUUCGAUGAUACGACACGAUAUUACUUGAUUCAACGAUAUACUAUAAAGGAUUCAUCAAAUAUUAAUUGUAAUGAACAGUUUUAAACAAAAUGCUAGUAGUUUUUCGAUGUGAAAUAUUGUUUUUGUCGGAAUUAGAUGUGACCCAGAAAUGACAAAAAUAUUGGUGAAACAAAGAUGGCGUCGCGAAAAAACAAUGCCGAAGUUGCCCAUUACUUAAACCAGAUAAAGGCGCUAAAUUUGCAGGGAAUUGACACAGAGGAUGCCUUGACUACUUUGGUGGAAGAAUACUUCAUAGGCCAAGAAAAUGACUCAGAAGGAAUUUCAUCUGAUGACGAAUUAUUUUCCGAUGAAGAUGGAAAAGAUGAAGGGGAAUUCACUUUCAUUGAACCCGUGUUGGACAUUGCAUGUAAUGCAGAAAAAGAGAAUGAAGAGAUAUUUAGCCCCAAUGCUGGUAAAGUGGAUAAAAAGCUUUCAGGACAUUUUGUUUGCAAAUGCAAAUUACAAAAUGGUGGACCAUGCUCAAAGCAUUUUGACCAGCAGAAACUAAUUGAUAAUCGCACAGACCAUCUAGCCAUGGAUUCGAAGGAUUUGGAUAUGUGCAUCUUAAGCCAGAUUUCUGCCCACAUCCAUUGAGGCGAGACUACUGCCAAGUCCAAGCGGCAAGUUCAAACAUUACGCACUAAAUCAAGGAUGGAUUACAUGUUAGAAUCAAAAAAGAUUUGUCGUGAUACUUUCAUGUUCAUACAUGCAGUUUUCAAAGACCGGCUGUGUUCACUCACUCGGUAUUAUUUGGAAAAUGGACUCACUGCACGCACACAUGGCAAUUCAUGUAAAACUCCCCAAAAUGCUUUUUGUAUUGAUGACAUUCAGAGGGUUGUGACAUUUGUUAAAAAUUUUGCUGAACAGAAUGCCAUUUUGCUUCCGGGUAGAAUACCAGGUUACAAACGUGAUGAUUUGAAACUACUGCCAUCAUCUGUUAGCAAAGCAACAAUACAUCGCCUGUACGAAGAAUCAUGCUCAAGUUUCGGAGUUCGGGUGGUAGGAAUCAAAUCCUUCUAUGUGUUUUGGAAGCAGUAUGUUCCGAACAUUUUACCAAUGAAACCCAUGUCAGACUUGUGCUGGACAUGCCAGAAAAACAGCAAUCUUUUAAUUAAAGCUGCAAAUCUGCCAUUAGAGUUGAAGACUGCUGCUGUAAAAUCUGCUGAGGAACAUCUCUUCCGAGCCACCCAGGAGCGAUCACUCUAUACAAGUAAAGUGAAAAGCUGUAAAGAUGUCUUCACAAUGGAGGGCAUCACAGAUCUGGAAGCUCCUGGAAAUGUCGUUGCUGAUUGUUCUCGCACAUUCGAGGCACACUACAGCUUUGAUUUUGCUCAACAGAUCCACUAUCCAUACAACCCCAUGCAGCCCGGACCAAUUUUUUUCAAAACCCCUAGGAAAAUUGGUGUUUUUGGGAUGAUGACAGAAGGACUGGCCAAAAUGGUACUCUUUCUUUUGGAUGAGGCAUCGUCAACAGGUAAAGGGGCAAACUGUGUCAUCAGCCUUCUGAAUUUCUUUUUCGAGAAUUAUGGAUUGAAAGAAACAGUGUGCCACUUACAUGCCGACAACUGUUCAGGCCAAAAUAAAAAUAAUGCAAUGAUGCAUUAUCUAGCUUGGCGGGUGAUUACGGGAAAGCACAAGAAGAUUACUUUGUCCUUCCUUCUUGCCGGCCAUACCAAGUUCGGCCCAGAUUGGUGUUUUGGACUGUUUAAGAAAAAACUAAAGUCAUCGAAAGUGGAUUGUUUAAAGGAUGUUAAAACUGUGGCCAAACAGUCAUCCCCAGCAGGCAUCAUUGUUCCACAGCUGUGCGGCGAUGAAGGUGGUCGAGUGUUUACUCCAAUGUACUCUUGGGACUCUUUCUUCUUUCCUGGCAUAUUUAGAAAAAUGCCUGCCAUAAAAAACAUACACCACGUGGAGUUUUACCCCGAUGGGAGAAUUUUGUGCAAAGACUUUGCUGAUAGUGAGACGGUGGAGCAUAACAUUUUAAAAGUUCAGCCAUCCGAAGUACCGCGUGAACUACCACCCCAAAUAUUUCCAUCUGGACUGUCUGUUGAUCGGAAAAACUAUCUGUUUAAGGAAAUUCGCCCUUUUGUGGCAGAACAAUUUCAGGAUCUAGUGUGCCCUAGACCUAGAACGGACAUGGAUGAGGCAGUGCGUGGCCCUGGUCGUCGUCUCAAAAAAGCAAAGGGACUUGCUGCUAGGAAAUGAAUAUUCUGACACUCGAUGACUGCGAAAACUAUUCAUUUUAUUUUGUAUAUAUGUUUUAAGACGUAAUAUAGUGUUAAUAUAAAAUAAUUUUGCCAACCCUGUGUUAUAGUUAUUUUUAUAGCAGACAGAAUAAGCUUUCUUUUGGUAUAUUACAAUAUCUU